GGUCCAACUACAUAGUCUGUCCUUCCUUAUAUACAUCAGACGAAUGAAGGCCCAGAUUAGUAAUCCAUGGCUCCAUGGUUCUAGACGUUUCGGUGCUGCCUUUGCUCAUCUUUGCAUCAUGGAGCUUUCUGUGAUGAGGGCGACGUUGAUCCUUUCUUAGACGCGUCUAGCGUCACAUGACAAUACUAAUCAGAGUUAAACUCUGACAUGAACCCACGCGUUACAGCACUGAUCACUCGUUUUCCUUCCUUACUUUAAACCUCAUAACCUCAUUGUCUUUGCAGAUUCCCGACAUCCGACCUCUUUUCCAUUGAAUCGAUCACAUUACUUCAGCUAAACACUACACAUUCGACAGCAGCUCUCUCAUCGCACCACUCGACGUACAGGAAGUGAUGGGUCUUAAAGGCUGGUACGCCUUUCUUCGUAAGAAGGGUUACCAACCCUCUGUACUUUACCCAUCAGCCGCGUCAACAACCUCGAGCGCCGCCACCAGAAGAGUCGACCUUCUCUCUCGCAUUUCAGUGGUCCAUACGAUCCUAGAGCUGGAUGUCAUGCGGUUCGGGACCAAGGAAAACAUCAUUAUCUACGUCGACGGAGUCCAGGCAGAGGAGAAGGGGUUCACUGCUCAGAUCCGCCAAGAAGCUCGGGAGAAGACCACUAAGCGAUGCAAAGAAAGUGUGGAUGAACUACAAAGACGGAUCGAUAACAACCUCAAGGUCCGUAAGCGACACUUUGCCGAUGCCUGGACCAGCCUUGCGUCCUCCUUCUAUUGGAUCCAACUCACGGCCCUCGCUGUUGCCUCCAACAACGACUACGGAAAAAAUAUCUACUCUCUUGGACCGGCGACCAACUUUUCGAUUAUCAAGACGAUCAAGAAACAAGGUAAAUAUCAAUGAUCAAAGUAUUAAGGAGCGAGUAACUAAUAUAUAUAUUUUUCUACUUUUUUUUACCCUAUUUUUGCAGAUGUGCGACAGACGGUGAAUGCAUAUUUGGAAGACUCCAAGGUCGUUUUAAAAAUCACAGACAACAGAACACUUGAACUUGCACUCAGAGUCUUUGUUGAUCUCCAACAGACGC